AUGGUGGUGUUGCAUACGAGAUCUGGGGUUGUUGUGAGGGCGAGUUCCCUUCCUCCAUUACCAGCACCUCCGGUAGGUCUAAGAUAUCCAAUUAUCUUUAUAUUCAGAUAUCUCGGUCUUUGUCGGUCCCUCAUAUAAGCACCAGUUCCUUGUAUACUCCGUACUGGCCCUCCAGUACUGCCCAGAAUCCAGUUCUUCAUCCGACUUAUUCUUACAGAUAUACCGGAUCGUUUAGUUUGGUAUAGAUAAUUAAUUGUAUUGUAAUGUUUCUUGUUUCAGUACGAUAACUAUUAUUAUCCCUACCGUCAUUACAUCCCGGACCACUAUCCCAAGCGGUAUUACCACAGUGAUCCUUAUCAAUGGACUUCUGUUUAUUCUUUUUAUCCCAGAUUUAAAUCGUAUUGGUAUGUUUUUAAUUGAUGUUUUUGAAACGUUUCCAGGUUCGACAACGACUUCUACGGUUACCCUUACUACCAUCGCUCUCGCAGCAACGACCCUUACUUCUCCAAAUAUUACAGUACUCCCGUUUACACUCCCCUUCGCUCCUAUGUCUAUUGA